GAUCAACAAUGAUUAAAUUAUAUCGAUAUUAUGGAUUAACUAUAUUAUGUACGAAUACAAACAUGACAAUAAAUGUCGAUGAGUCGUCAGCUAUAAAGGACAUCACGAAGCAUAACACUGUUUUUUGCUAUACAUAAUAAGAAAUCAUUUACACCACAAGAUAUUAUUGCUAUAUUAUAACUGGAAAUCUUACCUACUAUUAUUUUGUGUAUGAUAUAAGCAUAUCAAAUAUAGAUAUUAUAUAGUUAUGUAGCAUAAUAUUACAACUGUGUUAAACAUAACCUAAUAUGAUUCAAUUUAUGUAAACAUAACCUUUUCAUUCUAUCAAUUAUAUAUUCGAUAUUCGAUAUAAAAACGUACGUGCAUGUAUGAAUAUGCCCAUUCGAUAGCUUUUAUCACGUUAUUAUUAAGCUAAUUAUAAAUAAUUAAGUAAUACGAAGUAUGGGACGUAGCCGUACACCUUCACCAGGAAGAAGAAGAGAUCGGUCCCGAGAUCGUGAUCGAGAACGCGAACGAGAUAGAGAUCGAAGAAGAAGACGUUCUCGUGAAAGAAGAAGAAGAUCCGUUGAACGAGAUCGAGUAAAGUCGAGGGAUAGAGAAAGAGAUCGUGAUCGUGAACGGGACAGGCAUAGACGUUCAUAUAGCAGAUCUAGAUCAAGAGAAAGGGACAGACCUAAACCCAAAUUAAAACCCACAACAGAACGUCCUGUGAUUACAGAGGCUGAUCUUCAAGGAAAAACACCAGAGGAACAAGAAAUGAUGAGAAUAAUGGGCUUUUGUGGUUUUGACACUACUAAAGGCAAAAAAGUUGAAGGGAAUGAUGUAGGAGCCGUACAUGUUAUUCUUAAACGAAAGUAUAGACAAUACAUGAACAGAAAAGGAGGAUUCAAUAGACCAUUGGAUUUUGUAGCAUAAAAAUUAUAAAUGUGAUGAUUCCAUAAAAUACUUUACCAUUGAUAGAGAUUCCUUAACCUGUGCAAGUUCUAUUGUUUUCAUAAAUCUAAUCAGAAUAAUAAGACGUAUAAAUAGUACAAAAAAUAGUUUAUAUAAAUGAAAAUAUAAGUAGACAAAACAAGUGAUAUAGAUUGACAAAGAUAGAUGUUAUCCGUAAAAUUUUUCAUUUUGAAAUUUAUUAAACAAUUUUUAUAUAAAAAUACUUAAAAUACAAGCUUUUUUAUAAUAAGA